UGCGACAUCGUCGUGCCGCGCGCCACGUGCUCCGAGCUCUCGCCUCGACGCGGAAAUGAGUUUUUUUUCCCCAUUCCAUUUCCCCCAAUCUGCGCUGAAUCCAUCUUCUUCUAUUCCUCUCCGUCUGAGCCUCGUGGGGGCGUGGAGGGGGUCGCGAUCGACGGGCGCGCGCAGCUCUCCGCCGAUCUUACCGCGAUCCGUUGCAAUUCGUGAUUCUUCGCCCAACCCCCACGCCCACGCCCACGCCCACGCCCCGCCCUCAAUUUUUUCUUGCAUUUUCCUUCCCAUGUGCGUGGAUCUCGGGGUGCGGGCGGCCUAGGGUUUAUGGCUUUGGUCAAUCCAUGGCGUGCGCUGCCGAGGUCGCCCUGUCGCUUCUUCUUUAAUGCGCGCUGAUCCCCAUGGAACCCGAGUCCCGGGACACUUAUGGAUUCGCAGUGCGGCCACAGCAUCUGCAGCGUUUCCGUGAGUAUGCCAAGAUAUACAAGGAGGAGGAGGAUGAGAGAGCGCAUAGAUGGAAGGACUUCUUGGACAGGUUGGCUGAGUCUGUGGAUGUGCCCAGCACAGCCAGCAUUUUGCCGUCGACAGAUGCUGCUGCUGCCGGAGAUGGUGAAGGAGGUGCUGAAAGCGCAGAAAAGGGUGAUGAAGAAGAAGAGCAUGAAACCGAUGGUGCAGAGAAGAGCAAUAAAUCAGAAUGUUUGAAGGAAGUUGACGUCAAUGAAGAAUUCAGAGAUCCAAAUGGCGUGCCAGAAGAUUCGAAAGAUGUGUCUGGUAACUCGGGAAAACUGGAAGAUGAUAGCAGUAACAGAGGGGCACAUUGCAAUGAAGAAGAAGAGGAUGAGGCUGCAGAAAGGAAUGCCAAAUUGGAAGAUGUGGAGGAAGUUGAUGGCAACAAUGAAUUCAGAGAAGCAAAUGGCAGUCCAGAAGAUUUUAAAGAUAUGUCUGGCAGCUCGGAAAAACUGAAAGAGGAUAGUACUGCCAACUCUGUAGAAUUUAACAAAGCCUCUGAAGAGUUGAAGGAAAUGAGUGAGGGCUUGGAACAAAUAAAAGAUGUAAAUGGGGGCUCAGAAGAAUUUAAAGAUCAAAACGGACGAUCAAAAAUAUUGAGAGAAGUGAACAACGACAACUUGGAAAAGUUUGAAGAGACCCCGUUUGGUAAGGGGUUGUUGGAUGAAUUGGAGCCCAUGAAAGUCGAGUCCUGGAAGCGGAUGAGGGCAUCACUCAGCGUCAUUGAAAAAAUGAUGAGCUCUCGGGUGGUGAAAAGAAAUGAUACUGCAGAAACCACAUGUGGAAAGGUUGCAACACAGCUUGCUUCAAUUGAAGAAGAACGGACAGUAGAAGAAAAUCAUGAAGGGGUUCCGGCAGAGGAGUCGUAUGAUGCAAAAAAGUUGGAUCAAUCACAGGACAGGGCAUCUAGUGAUUCGACGAAUGUUACCUUUGAGGGAGUCGAUGAAGGGUCUUAUUUUCCUUGGAGGGAGGAACUUGAGAGCUUGGUUCGUGGAGGCGUGCCAAUAGCUCUUAGAGGAGAGAUGUGGCAAGCAUUUGUGGGUGUUGGUGCUCGCAAAAUUACUGGGUACUACAAGAAAUUGCUUGAUGAGAGGACCGAGGUAUUGGAUGAAAAGGACCUCGAGGACCAACUGGCAAAUGGACAGAAAAGUUCACCGAAAAAGCUUCCCAAGCCUGAGAAGUGGAAGGGACAGAUAGAGAAGGAUUUGCCUCGAACAUUUCCGGGACACCCUGCAUUAGAUGAGGAUGGGAGAAAUGCUUUGAGGCGGUUAUUAACAGCAUACGCAAGGCAUAAUCCAUCUGUUGGAUACUGCCAGGCCAUGAACUUUUUUGCCGGACUAUUUUUAUUGUUCAUGCCUGAAGAAAAUGCAUUCUGGGCUCUGGUGGGGAUCAUUGAUGAGUACUUUGAUGGUUACUACACUGAGGAAAUGAUUGAAUCACAGGUUGACCAGCUUGUUCUUGAGGAGGUUGUACGAGAAAGAUUCCCCAAAUUGGCCAAACAUACGGAUUUCUUGGGAGUUCAGGUGACAUGGGUGACUGGACCAUGGUUUCUUUCAAUUUUCAUCAACAUGCUUCCAUGGGAAAGUGUUCUUCGUGUUUGGGAUGUGAUCCUUUUUGAAGGGAAUCGUACAAUGCUGUUCCGGACAACGCUUGCAUUGCUAGACUUAUAUGGGCCUGCCCUGGUGACCACAAAGGAUGCUGGAGACGCAAUUACAUUACUGCAGUCUCUUGCUGGCUCUACCUUUGACAGCAGCCAGCUUGUAUUGACAGCUUGUAUGGGUUUUCAGUCAGUCAAAGAAAUGGGAUUGCGGGAGCUAAGAAAAAAGCACAGGCCCGAAAUUAUAGCUGCUAUGGAGGAAAGAUCAAAAGACCGUAAAUCAUGGAAAGAUAAGAAGGGGUUGGCAACUAAACUAUACAGCUUUAAACAUGACCCCUCAUCUCUGUGCCCACAAGUUGACUCCAAGGAAGGAGCAGACGGUUUGCAACUGAAUGGGGAUUCUGGCUCAACAAAUCUGGAAAACUUCCUUAGUAGUUCAGCGUUAGAGAGUGAGUUGGAUGAGGGCCUUGAUCUUCAAGAUCAGGUCACAUGGCUAAAGGGUGAGCUGUGCAAACUGCUUGAGGAGAAAAGAUCAGCUGAACUCAGAAGCGAGGAGUUGGAGACUGCUUUAAUGGAAAUGGUCACGCAGGAUAAUAGGCGUAUGUUGAGUGCUAAGGUCGAGAAAUUGGAGGCAGAGGUAUCUGAACUGCAAAAGAUUUUUGCAGAUAAGCAAGAACAGGAGCAAGCAAUGCUUCAGAUUUUAUUAAGAAUGGAGCAGGAGCAGAAAGUGGCAGAAGAUGCCCGCGUAGCUGCUGAGCGAGAUGCUGCUGAACAAAAAUAUGCUGCCCACUUGCUCCAGGAGAAGUAUGAAGCAGCAACAGCAGCACUUUCUCAAAUGGAGAAGAGAGCUGUGAUGGCAGAAACUAUGUUGGAAGCUACAAAGCAGUACCAGGCUGGGCAGGUUAAAGCCAACCAAACAUUUGCUCCAAAAUCACCACAUGCAGACCUUGGGAAGACGAACCAAGAUCCCAAUCAAGAUACACCCAACAGAAAAUUGGGUUUGCUUUCUAGAGGGCUUGGAUGGCUAGAGAAGAGCAAGGGAAAAUCAAAUUCCAAUGAAACAGCUGAAGGGUAAAAUCCUGAGGAAUCAGGUAGAAAAUUGUCGGUUCCUACAAGGAUCUUGAUGGCCACAAAGGAUUCAAUUGCCUGAUCCCAGGAGUAAUCUUUUAAAAAGGCCAUCCUUUUUUCCAUGGGAAGAUCAACCGGCGUUUCUCUUGAAGUUUUGGUGAAGUUGUACUUUGUAUCAUAUUGAGUUCAGUUGUCUGAUGAAAUUACCAUAGUAGGUCCAGAUCGAUGCAAGGCAUGCAUGUAAUUUUUCUUCUCCGAUUAGUUUUCAUUAAGAUUGUCAAUAUUUAGUGUUCGGGCUAGGAGAAAGAAAAUACAGUACCCCAAUACGCACGAAAAACUCUGUUUUUAGGUUAGUUUUUGACAGUGUCAUAGAGUUAUACUGGGGAAGAGCACAAUUUAUCUCUCUUCUGGAAGAGUUGUGCAAAGCACUGUAAAGGAAAUGAUCUUUCAGUGUCUUGUUUGUUCUUUUGAUACCAAUGACCUGCAAGUCUGCAACAUGUUCAUUCAUAAUUUAGUCGAAUAUGCCAUUUUCUCCCCUGAA